AAACCUUAAGCUCCAACCUUUAGCCUUUAUGGCCUCAAGUUCUACGUUAAUCUUUCCAUCAGCUUAUGUGAUUUUUCUGCACUCUUAGUGUUCUGAUCGGACCAAAUUCUUUUCUCCUUUCUCUCGCUUCCUAAGCCAACAAGCACAUAAAACCUUCGUGGACAUGGCAACAGCCUCGUCCACAACCAGUGUGCUUUCAUGGAGGAAUUCCCAGCACGUGCAUAGCCCACCUUCUUCAUACACACUUUGCUACUCUUCAUUCCAAAAUGGAAGGGUUCUAAGAACUGUAGCUGCUUCAGCCUCAAAAGAGAGUGGUUUGAUCAACAGAGAAAGCGAGAAAUGUUUUUCUUUGUUGGUGAAUAGAAGAACAGUUUUGGCUUCUGGGAUUUCCUUGUUGGGUUUCCCACGAGAGAGCUUGGCGGUGGUGAAACAAGGCCUUCUGGCAGGGAGAAUUCCUGGCUUGUCUGAGCCAGAUGAACAAGGUUGGAGAACAUAUCGCAGGCCAGAUGAGAAGUCAGGAGGACAUGGGGUUGGAUGGAGUCCUAUUAUCCCAUACACCUUCAGAGUGCCUCAAGAAUGGCAAGAGGUACCGGUAUCAAUAGCGGAUCUUGGUGGCACAGAGAUAGAUUUGAGAUUUGCCAGCUCCAAGGAAGGACGUCUGUUUGUCAUUGUAGCUCCUGUUCUUAGAUUCUCUGAUGAUCUUGGAGAUGAUGCGAAGAUAGAAAAGAUCGGACCUCCAGAGAAAGUGAUAAAUGCAUUUGGUCCAGAAGUGAUUGGGGAAAAUGUAGAAGGGAAGGUUCUUAGCUCAAGUGUAGCAGAACAUGAAGGAAGAACUUACUAUCAGUUUGAGCUAGAGCCUCCUCAUGUUUUUAUUACUGCCACUGCAGCUGGCAAUCGCCUAUACUUGUUUGGGGUAACCGGCAGUGGCCUUCAGUGGAAGAGACACUCCGAUGAUUUGAAGAAGAUAGCUGACUCUUUUCAAGUUGUAUAAUUGAGAGAUCAUAUAGGUGCAACUUUCCGUAUCUGUAUUGAAGUAUAACAAAGAAGUUCUUUCCCACUAUCUUGUCUGAUUGGGAUUUAUAGGAAACGAGAGAUCAUGCGUCUAAAAUCCUUGUAUCUUCAAUAUACCAUAACAUUUUUGUUACAUUUUAAUGCUUAGACUUGGUGGAAGCUAAAUACUCUACCUUGAAGAUGACUUGCUAUGCUAGGUAGUUACUGUUUUUCCUUACCAAAUGCUAUUCUUUCAGGCUUGAUCAUGAAAUAUUAUAAUGAUAAUUAAGAGGC